CGCAAAAAAAGUGUGCGGGCAGGGAGAGCUUAGCUUCAAGCUCACGACUCUGUCAGUGCCCGUGUCCCUGUGACUGUCCCUGUGAUCUGAUCUGCAGACACCAGCUCGAGUCCCCGAUCAAUUGACUCAUCCUGUGUCGGUCUGGACAUCCUGUGGCCAAAGCCAUGUCGAGAUAGCCACCCAAUUGACCCGUUCAAGCCCUCCGUCUCCUCCCCGAUCGUGCCACGCCUCCUGCCCGCCGCCGCCGCCGCCGCCAUGUUCUCUGCCGCCCUCCUACGGGCCAGGGCUCCCCGGACCCUGGCCCAGAGCCGCCCUCUCGCCGCCGCCCGGAGCUCCCUCUUCUCGACCAGCGCCCACCGCCGCGUCCAAGAGGCCGAGAGGCUCAACAGGACGUCGUCCAAGAUCACGCAGCACAAGUCGCAGGGCGCGUCGCAGGCCAUGCUGUACGCCACGGGCCUGACCAAGGAUGACAUGGCGAAGCCGCAGGUCGGCAUCUCGUCGGUCUGGUACGAGGGCAACCCGUGCAACAUGCACAUCCUCGAGCUGUCGCAGAAGAUACGCGAGUCCGUGGCCGCGGCCGGGCUGGUGCCCAUGCGCUUCAACACCAUCGGCGUGUCGGACGGCAUCAGCAUGGGCACCACGGGCAUGCGCUACUCGCUGCAGAGCCGCGAGAUCAUCGCCGACAGCAUCGAGACGGUCAUGCAGGGCCAGUGGUACGACGCAAACGUCUCCAUCCCCGGCUGCGACAAGAACAUGCCGGGCGUCCUCAUCGCCCUCGGCCGCGUCAACCGCCCCAGCCUCAUCGUCUACGGCGGCACCAUCAAGCCCGGCUGCAGCAUGAAGGGCGAGCCCAUCGACAUCGUCAGCGCCUUCCAGGCCUACGGCCAGUACCUGACGGGCGAGAUCACCGAGGAGGAGCGCUUCGACAUCAUCCGCAACGCCUGCCCCGGCGGCGGCGCCUGCGGCGGCAUGUACACGGCCAACACCCUCGCCUCCGCCAUCGAGACGCUCGGCAUGAGCCUGCCAGGGAGCAGCAGUAACCCGGCCGAGGACCAGAGCAAGGUGUCCGAGUGCGCCCAGGUCGGCGAGGCCGUCAAGAACCUGCUCCGCCUCGACCUCCGCCCUAGGGACAUCAUGACCCGCCAGGCCUUUGAGAACGCCAUGAUUGUCGUCAACGUCCUGGGCGGCAGCACCAACGCCGUGCUCCACCUGAUCGCCAUCGCCGACUCGGUCGGCAUCAAGCUAACCAUCGACGACUUCCAGGCCGUUUCGGACCGGACCCCGCUGCUGGCCGACCUCAAGCCCUCGGGCAAGUACGUCAUGGAGGACGUGUACAAGAUCGGCGGCACCCCGGCCCUGCUCAAGUUCCUCGUCAAGGAGGGUCUUAUCGACGGCUCCGGCAUGACGGUUACGGGCAAGACCAUGAAGGAGAACCUCGAGAAGCUCCCCGGCUUCCCCGAGGACCAGCCCAUCAUCCGCCCGCUCAGCAACCCGCUCAAGCCCACGGGCCACAUACAGAUCCUGUACGGCGACCUCGCCCCCGGCGGCUCCGUCGGCAAGAUCACGGGCAAGGAGGGGUUGCGGUUCCAGGGCAAGGCGCGCUGCUACGAAUACGAGGACGCCUUCAUCGAGUCGCUCGAGCGCGGCGAGAUCCGGCCGGGCGAGAAGACGGUCGUCAUCAUCCGCUACGAGGGCCCCAAGGGCGGGCCCGGCAUGCCCGAGAUGCUCAAGCCGAGCUCCGCCAUCAUGGGCGCCGGCCUCGGCAAGGACGUGGCCCUGCUGACCGACGGCCGCUUCUCGGGCGGCAGCCACGGCUUCCUCAUCGGCCACAUCGUACCCGAGGCCAUGGAGGGCGGGCCCAUCGCCCUCGUCCGCGACGGCGACACCAUCACCAUCGACGCCGAGCAGCGCGUCAUCGACACCGACGUCUCGCCCGACGAGAUGGCCAGGCGCAAGGCCGAGUGGCGCGCGCCCCCGUCCAGGGCCGACAAGGGCACCCUGAAAAAGUACGCGUCCCUCGUGAGCGACGCCAGCCACGGCUGCGUGACGGACGGUGGCGCGUGA